AUGAAGUCACCACACACCCACACGCCCUCAGGCUCGCUCGACGCCUCGCAGCCCCCAGUCCCCAUCUCCAUCACCAUCUGCGGCGACGGCGGGUGCGGUAAAUCCUCCAUCACCCUCCGCCUAGUCCGCAGCCAAUGGACCAGCGAGUACGACCCAACCAUCGAAGACAGCUACAGUGUGACCCGCCGGCUCGACGGCGUAACCUACCACCUCAGCCUCACCGACACCGCGGGCCAAGAAGAAUACCGCGGCAUGUGGGCGUCCUCCAACCUCGGCGCCGACGCCUUCCUCCUCGUCUACGACAUCACCUCGCGCGACUCCCUCGACGCCCUCGAAUACUUCAACGAACUCAUCGACAUGGAAGCCGAAACCCGCCUCGACAACGCCGCUCGCGCCCGCCGCGCCGGCCUCAUGCCCCCGGCCCAUCACAACCCCUCCUCCACCUCCUCCUCCUCUGCGAUCCCCGUCCCCCUCAACCUGCACGGCCUCCCCAUCAACGGCGGCGCGGGCUCCGGCGCCAAAAUGGUGGCGCCCAUCAAAAUAGUAGCCGGCAACAAAUGCGAUCUGCAAGACGCGCGCCGCGUGCCGGCGGCGGUGGGGCUGGACUGGGCACGCAAACGGGGCUGUGGCUUCAUGGAGACUAGUGCGCGCUUAGAAGUCAAUAUUGAGGAGACGUUUGCGUUGAUUGUGCGAAGGGUUGUGGAGGCUCGUAGGCUAGCGGCGCUGGGUGUCACGGAUGCUGAGUUGGCUGCUAAUAGUCGGGGGAUGACUAAGCCGUUGACGCCGUUGCCGCCGGCGGGUGAGGGGGAGGAGGGGGAGGGUGAGGGGGGGGAUGAGAAGAGUGGGGGGAAGAAUGGUGGGUUCUGGAGGAAAUUGCGGUGCUGGUAG